ACUGUGUGUUUUUUUGGUAAAAAUAAACGUUGUAAUCAAUUUGUCAGUUCCCUUUAUAUUAUGAACUAUUUCUGAAUUUUUCGGACGAAGAAUAAGAAUGGAAAUAGUUGUUGCGGUCUAGAUAACUAACGAAUGCUAAUGCCGCCAAGUGUUUUAAAGAGAUAUAAUUCAAAUAUGGAUAAGGGAUUUUGAGACUGGAGAUGGCAGCAAAUUCUUCACAGAGCAAAAGUGAUAGUGACUCAGAUCCAGAUGAAAAUAAUCAUCUACCUAGACCUCUACAAUUAGAUUUAGGAGAUGACUUAGUCCAUAAUCCUGAUAACGGCAGGUUAGGAUUUCAAGCGUCUUCAGUAUCCGAUGCAUCCAAAAAAGAAGACAAUCCCUUCUCUUUUAAACACUUUUUGAGAGGUGGAUCAAGUUUUCCAACUUCUCGGUCUAGUGUGUAUAGGGAUAAUCGAUCGCACAACAACUCUGACAUUUAUGAACCUAAUCACUCUAGAAAAUUGCCAGAAUACUCAUCGGCCUUGCCAGACUUUGUUCAGGAUCAUCUUGUUGUUGAACAAUGUUUGCUAGGUGCAACACCAGUCACUUCUUCAUGCAGUUUAGAUUUACCUGAGUUAGCACAUUGUUCAAUUGGCCCAAGAAAUGGAGACCUCAUUCAAAGGAAUCAUAGUCCAGUUCAAGAAGUUGGAGGUCACAUUCCUCUCGAUUUACCCGGUUUGCCUCUAGGUGGCACCUUUCCUUUGGAUCUUCCUUUAAACAAUGGAUCUGGACAGUCUAGAAAUAUACCUAUAGUGGCAGAGGUGAAUAAUGCAAGCAGUCUGCCCGACUUUCUCGCGGACGGAGCAGUUUGCCCUAGUAGUGACGGAUCGCCACUAAAUUCAACAGUUACGAACGGACAUGAGGUCAACGAAUGUGGUGACUUAGAGACUCUACGUCGACAGUUGGCCGAACAAACCCGCCAAUGUUUUAAUCUUCACAACGAGUUGGCUGCAACUAGAACGAGGGCGGAAAGGGACGCCCGGGAGGUAGCGGCCGCUUUAGAAAGCGUCGAAGAGAAUUUGGAAAGGAGCAAUAGAAGAGCCGCUGCGGCCGAGAACGUAGCAACAAAGUUGCGACAAGAAAUAAAAGAUUUAAGGUCCGAAAUAGUUAAAUUGAAAUCGGAAAAUCACGCUUUAAAAAAUGGCGAAUGCUCGAGCGGCUCGAGCCGAGAUUACUUUAGCGCACCCAGAGAAAUGCCAUCUUAUCGUCUCGCCCAAGAUUUAAGAACCGCCGCCUCCACUGCGGAACAAUCUUUGAGGCAACUGCUAACCGGCGUGGAUAAUCUUCGAAUGAUGGCGUCCACUUUGGAGAAUUUGCACAGGAUCGAGGAGGACCGCCUCCACAUUUCCGACGACAACACCGGCCCCGCGCUGUAGUCUAAGAGGUGUAUGUAAAAAAGGAGAAGACCUUCAGAGACAUCUUUAACACGCAUAUUCGAAGAUUUCCUACUUUGCGAUAUUUACAACAAGGGGAAAAAAUAUAUGGCCUACAGUAGGUUGUACCAAAAUCUUUCUUUUCUGAAAAUUUCUAUUGAAAAUUGAAAAUUUGCAGCGUUUGAGGGCUACAUUAUUAAUCAAUAUUUAUUAAGCCUCUGUAGUUAACAUACCAUUAAUAUAUUUGACCUAUUAGAAGUAUCUGCUAAAUGCGUUGCUUCCUCAACUUAAAUACGUGGCUUGCUUAAUUGUGUAAUCAAUCCUUGUGUGAUCAAUCGUGUGUAAUCAAUCCUUUAUCUAAUGGUUAUUGCGUGAACAUCGUUAAUUUGAAUUGACAGACUAGAGAUUGUAAAGGAAAACAAGAGAAUUAUUAUGUUGUAUAUUUAAUUUUUUGAUUCUCGGUCAAAAACACAGUUGAUGCUUCUCAUAGGUCCAUCCCGUAUUAUUGACGUUUCAUAAAUUCCAAUUAAAUUUAAUUUUUUUGCACUUUUAUAAAAGUUUUCUCUAAUUAAUUCGCUUUUCUUGUAAUAUAAUAGCAAUUAAAUAAUUAAUCGCUUCGCAUUUGUAAAUAUAAAAUUACGUUUUCCUAAUAGCUACUAGAUUUUAUACAUGUGAUUUUCUUUCAGGCGAUAAAUUUAAUAGAUAUAUAAAAUUUCUCUAUUUAUACUAAGUUAUUUUGUGUAUAUAUAGGUUUAAAUUUCGAGUGGACCCUUUCGCAUAAGCCUGUGUAAUUCUUUCAAUAUAUUGAUUUUUAACAUUCA